GGUGCUGAGGCACUCGCACAGCAAAAAUGUCUGCCUAAGGGAAACUCUAAGUGGUACAAAUAGAGCUUAUUUCCCACUGCCAUUGCCGUUUAAAGGCUUAUUUGACGCGUGUAAAGGCGUACCGGGGAAAGCGAGUCUUCACCAGAUCACCCUAGUCGGGAUUUUAUUCGGAAUAAAGGUCUCAAGCUCGACAGGAUGAAUCCUCAGCAGCGGAUUGCCGCUCUCGGAACAGACAAGGAAUUAAGUGACCUCCUGGAUUUUAGUGCGAUGUUCUCUCCACCUGUCAACGGAGGCAAAAACAGACCAACAACACUAGGAAGCAGCCAGUUUAGUGCAUCAGGUAUUGAUGAGCGGACCAACCAAGCGUCUUGGGCCCCAGGUGGCGAGUCCAGUCCCUCGUACGAACCCUCCCGGGGUUUCACAGACAGCCCUCAUUAUGGCGAUCAUUUGAGUGACAGUCGAUUAGUGUCCCAUGAAGGAUUGUCCCCGACACCUUUUAUGAACACCAACAUAAUGGCAAAAUCGGAGAGGGCUACAUUUCAUGGCUUUGGAAGGGAUACUGGAGCUUCUGGGUGUCAGCCAUCUCUCCGCUCAGACGUGGGAGGGACAAGUCCUAGUUCGGGGACCACAUCAGCAAAGUCAGCGGCUCCCUUCUACUCGUUCAGCGCAUCCAAUCCCAGAAGACGUCCUUUACAGGAAACUCCUUCCAUUGAUCCUCUACAAACAAAAAAGGUUCGCAAGGUCCCUCCUGGCCUGCCUUCAUCUGUGUAUGCACCAUCUCCGAACUCGGAGGACUUUAACAGAGAUUCGCCCUCCUACUCUUCUCCCAAGCCCCCCAGCAAUAUGUUUGCAAGCACUUUCUUUGAUGGUACACACGGCUCAUCUGACCAUUGGAACUCAACAAAUGGGAUUAGUCAGCCCAGCUACGGUGGAAUGCUUCCUGGAUCUUCAUCUCAUAUGCCACAGUCAGGAAACUAUAGUGGCCUGCACUCACACGACCGUCUGAACUACCCAGCACACUCCGCUUCCCCAGACAUCAAUGCCAGUCUUCCUCCCAUGUCCAGUUUCCACAGAAGCAGCACAGCCACUUCACCAUAUGUCUCUGCUACGCACACACCAUCAGUCAACAAUGCAGAUGGGGUACUUGCUGCUGCAAAUCGGGGGAACGCCACUGGAAGCUCACAGACCGGAGAUGCACUUGGCAAGGCUUUAGCUUCGAUUUACUCACCUGACCACACAAGCAGUAGUUUUCCCUCCAACCCAUCCACGCCUGUGGGUUCCCCUUCACCUCUCACAGCCACAGCAGGCGCUGGCACAGCAGGGACUGUGGUAACGGCGGCUGGCACCCCGUCUGGAAGACCAGGUACCAACCAGUGGCCUCGUCCUAGUGGGCAGACCCCAUCGUCUCCAAAUUAUGAGAACUCACUUCACUCACUGAAAAACAGAGUUCAUCAGCAGUUACAUGAGCAUCUUCAGGAUGCCAUGUCUUUCUUAAAGGAUGUCUGCGAGUCACGAAUGGAAGAUCGUCUUGACCGACUGGAUGAUGCAAUCCUUGUUCUGAGGAACCAUGCAGUGGGCUCCACCGCCGGUCUACCCAGCGACAUUCACAGUCUGCUAGGACAGGCCCAAAAUGGGCAACUGGCAGCCAUUGGAGCAAGUUUUCCUGCCUCAGCGUUGGCCCCCAGUCGGACAGGAGCAAUGGGUUCUGCACAUGCUGAUGACACUGCUAGUCUGAACAGCCACGGCGGUCUGCCGAGUACUGGCUCGACGUCCAGCACAGAACUCAACCAUCAAGUAGAAGCAUUCCGAGGCUUAGCUGGUCAGGUGGCUACCGCCUUGGCGCUAAAGGUGGAGAAGCCGGACAAAGACGACAUGAAUGACUCGCUCUCAGGCGAUGACAAGUCGGACGAUGAGAGUGACAGCCUGAAAACGCCUCGUGCUGGCCCACGCACAAAUCUUACUGAGGAUGAAGACCUGAAUCCUGAGCAGAAGGCGGAACGGGAGCGAGAGCGCAGGAUGGCCAACAACGCUCGUGAACGCUUGCGGGUGCGCGACAUCAACGAGGCCUUCAAGGAGCUGGGUCGCAUGUGUCAGCUGCACCUCAAGAGUGAGAAGCCACAGACCAAACUGCUUAUCCUUCAUCAAGCUGUGGCGGUCAUUCUCAGCUUGGAACAACAAGUCAGAGAACGGAAUCUGAACCCCAAAGCGGCCUGCCUUAAGAGACGAGAGGAGGAAAAAGUAUCCGGUGGUUCCGCUGACAGCCAACAAGGUCACACAGGAGUUCACCCUGGCUUGACUGACACAUCCAACCCCAUGGGCCACCUCUGAGCGCGAACAGAUCCAACAUGCAGAACAUUUCAUCCUGUCUGAGAUGGCGACUCGGCCUCAUCGCGACAGAGGGGUCUUCUCGCUGCGCUUAAUGUGAAGUCGCGAAGGAGACUAGCCCACCAGAAGCCAAAAUCACACACGACUAACACAAUCCAGUCCCGGGAUUGAACAGGAGCCCACGCGGCGCUCCGUCUGCAAAUUCCGCCCCAAAAAAGCAAGAAGAAUCUUGAGCACAUAUCACGCAGAUCCGCAAGGAGCGCGUGGCUUCCGAACAAUCAGACUUUGCGAUCUCCGACUCCACGUGGAGGCCGCCUCGUGCCUAAACUGAAUUGACGAAUGCAUUGUAACAGCAACCUUUUCAUUUUGUUUCUUUUUAUUUAUUAUGACCAUUAGUUCAAAUUGUAUGUCAAAAGGGAAAAUGGAUAGUUUGCUUUUUAGUUUAAACAGUCGUUCCCCAGUGUCAAUGUCGAAAACGGCGCUCUGGCCUUGAAGGUUCAAAUGAGGGAAAAAGUGAUUGGCUGUGUUCGAAAUCACUCCUGAACUACGGUGGCUGGGAAGUGCUGGGCCAUUUGCAAAUGCCAAACACUUUGCAAAAGAAAAAUACACGAAUGCUAAUAGUCGCAGUUGGUAUGCUAAAUGAUCAUAACAGAAGUAAACUCACAAGUUGACACUUGCUGCUAACAUUAGUCACUAGCGUUAUUCAGUAGAGGUCAGAGUGUUAGACGCCAAGGUGGGUAGUAACGCGUUACAUGUACUCUGUUAAAUUUACUUGAGUAACUUCUUGAGAAAAUGUACUUCUAAAAGUAGUUUUACUAAGAUAUACUUGAGUAGUUGAAGAAAAAAAGCGCUACUCUUACUCUGCUACUUUGGGCUACACAAGAGUCGUUACAUUUUUCCUCUUUAUUCUACAUAUUAGAUUUUUUUUUUUUUUCUUGUCAGUGAUGCCAAAAGUAGAGAGGUGCCUGGUGUAUUACCAGGGUAGCUCUACCGAUUUCACCAAUGAGACGUCGCAACAAUAAUCACAUGACUCUCUUAUGCCAAUCAGACGCAAGCUUGCCGUUCUAUCUUCAUGCCAGCCUGUUCAAUCGUGGUGUCUUUAAAGCACCACAAAAAAUUAAGUAUUUGUUAUAGAGCGCUGCCUUCAACAUGACUCGAAAGCACAGAUUUGAGCCUCUCUCCCAGUUUAUUUGGCACCGAUUGACCACGGAAAACCGGAGAUAUGAUCCUUUUAAUUUCAAAAUAGUAAUUAUGAAGGAACUCGUUCACUAUCCAAACUUGGAACUAUUUUCUCCACCAGGGGGCAGUCAUGCUCUUUGGACGAAUAAUGCUUCAUUUUUGUAAUAUUUUCUUUUGUCGGAAUUUAAUGAUUUUUUUUUUUUUUUAAAUUUAUUUGGCUUAAUGUGGUUAUGUAAUGGGUUAUUGUGCAGUAUCAUUAUAACAACAGUCCAUAUAGAUAACUUUGUGCUCAGAAAAAAAUACAUUGUUUAAAAAAAUAAUAAAAAUCCUACAAAAAUAUAAGCAGUUACUCACAAUGUUACUCAUUACUUGAGUAUUCUUUUCACCAAAUACUUUUUUUUACUUGUACUUGAGUACUAUUAUUUUGAAGUAACGCUACUCUUAAGUAAAAUUUUUGACUACUCUAUCCGCCUCUGGUUAGACGCUAACGUUAGCCAGUCAGAUGUAAGUGUGUGCAUACUUGUCUGUGAGGGGGUAUAUACUUCCGUUGUAAGCCAGACAAUGGAAUUAACCCCACAUGCUUCCAUAUGACUGGCUAACUUCAGCGUGUAACGUUUUACAGCAAUCUCUACUGGCUAACUGCUUCCAUUGUAAGGCUAUAGACCCUUCUCACAUGACGUCACAACCACGCCUCCGCGCCAUAUUGUCCGUCAGCUCGUCGGGUUUAAGCAUUACCGCUACAUAAAUUCCUCCUAUUAUGGCGUGUUUUUCUGCUCGUUAACAUUAAUAAUCAAAAUGGUGAAGGCGUGUGUGGCGGUUGGUUGCAAUAACAGAGAAGAUAGACGGAGAGACUUGAAGUUCUACAGUAUUCCGAGGACCCGGAGAGGAGAGGGAGAUGGACUACUGAAAACUGGGCACCAAACGAUCACUACAGAUUAUGUAGUAGUCAUUUUAUAUCUGGUAAGAUGAAUUUAAUAUAUAUUUAGAGGGUUUUGGGCUGACAACCACAAUUAAGAUCAUUGCGAGGCUAAUCGCCGACAACAUACAGUUUCAAAUUCAAGAUGCUGAUUUCUUCCACCAUCAUUAUUUUUUGAAUAAUAUUUAGCUGGUACCAAGUGAAAGAAGUUAAACAGGUGUGUCCAAACCUUUUGCAAAGGGGGCCAGAUUUGGUGUGGUAAAAAUGCGGGUGGCUACCUUGGCUGAUUUACAUAGAACAAUAUAUUUAAACAAAUUUUAGCAAGCCCUUCUGUGUGUCACAUUUACUUUAUAAUUUUUUAAAUUCAUAAUUUCAACAAUCUCGUCUUUGUGGUGGUCUUUCGACACUCGGGCUCUUGCGAAAUACUGCUGCUGUGAAAUUAAACUAGCUUAAUGUUGCUGUAAUUUCUUGCUGCGUAUCUUCCCUGUAAUGUUGUCGUACAUGUCAGCGUGUCUUGUUUGGUAAUUUUGCGUCACAUCAAACUCUUUGAAAACAGCGACUGUCUCUUUGCAAAUGAGGCAGACACAGUUGUUGCGUGUUUUAUUGAAGAAAUAGUCCAAUAUUCUAUCCUUGAAGCGUCGGCCAUCGCAGUCAACUUUUUUUUAAAUUGAUUGUCGCCAUUUCAGAAAAUUGGAAGUAAAGGGUCACACGGGGUAAUGUUGCUUAGAGUGCUGCACUUAAAAGUUUUUCAAACUUUCGUGAGAAUAGGCUGAUUUUGUGUGGACAAGAUAGUUGUAGAUAUCAGGGUAUCAGAUGUCAGGCAGAGAGGGCGAAGACAGCGGGUCGAAAAAUAUCGAUUUAGGCAUCAAAUAUGGAUCUGGCGAAUGGAUAGCCUGAAGCUUUUCCACAUAACGCCUUUUAUGCAACGCAUCCAAUGAGUUUACAGCGUCUGAAAGCACCGGGGCUUCCAUGAAUUGCACUAUAAAUUGCACUACAAAUUGAAACCAUUGAGAAUACGGAUAAACACUGACGGACAAUAUGGCGGCCGGAUACAGCGACACGUCAUUCUGUGACGUUGGUGAUUAGGGUCUAUACUGACUUCCAUUCAGAGUUGGUGACGUAACCCUAAUUUACGUCAAAACAUUUAGUAUUUAAAAAAAAAAGGUAAAUACGUAAUAAUAAAUAGGUGAAAAUCAAGUAAUAUUAAUUUUUUUUGUAAAUAUACUAGAUGCGAUACUUACCAUUAUUGUUGAGAGGGGGAUGGAGAGUUAUUGUUUUCAAUAAUUUAUUUCCAACCGAAAACACUAAAUACUACUAUUGAAAGCGAAAUCAAAACAGCCAACUCUUCAGCAUCGCCCUCUCUCCCUCCAGUCAGACACGCACAUUUAGAGACAGCCCAGAAAACACAGAACUCAACACAUCAACAUUGCAAAAUGAAGCAUACAUGCGACCCAAUUUGUUACAUUACUGUCCUUCUUCUUAGGUUACAUGAACUGGAAGUUGUGUCACUUUGACUGUCAGUGACGUAAGGUCUGUGAACGCAAAACUGAAAUGGGCGACCGACGAGCAAGGCAUUUUCAUGUGACUGUUUACCUUUGGUCUGAAUGCAGCAUAUCUGUACAAACGUGAGUUUGUGUCUCUCUCCCUAUUAUUUUUAUGAUGUUCAGCUUUGUUUCUGUGGUAAUUCCGAUUUUAUUGGCUGAACCUAGAAGACCCAGCUUUGCUCUUUAGGGCCAUAUUAUGAAAAAGGAAGGGCGAAAAAGGCAAAGAUACUCCCGGCGCACAAAAACUGACAAGCACUAUGCACUAGCUAAGCAGAAACUGGUGCCGGGGACUUAAUGGCGGAUGAGGCAAGGGUAUCGUAAAGUCAAAACGUUGUAGGUCGAGGACGUCGUAACCAGAGGACUAACUGUAUUUGUGUUUUUCUUCUCUUGGAAAGUGAUGGAAUUUGCAAACUGCCAUGCUUAGCUUCUACAGUAUAAAAUACCUACAAUCCCCUCCAUAAUAAUUGGCACCCCUGAAAAAGAUGUGUUUUUAGCUUCUAAUAAUUUUUUUUAAAAUUUAAAUAAUAUGGGACCUUAAUGGAAAAAGAAAAAUCCAACCUUCAAUACAAGUGCAUUCAUUCAGUGGGGAAAAAAUCCCACAUAAAGAAAAAAAUAUUUGACAUCAAAUAAUGUGUGUCACAAUUUUUUUCAAUGGGGUUGAGGUCUGGGGACUGAGAAGGCCAUGGGAGGAGCUUGAUUUUGUGUCUGGUGAACCAUUUCUGUGUAGAUUUGGCCAUAUGUUUAGGGUCAUUGUCUUGCUGAAAGACCCAGUGACGACCCAUCUUCAGCUUUCGGGCAGAGGGCAACAGAUUUUGAUUUAAAAUGUCCUGGUAUUUCAAAGCAUUCAUGAUGCCCUAACAAGGUUCCCAGGGCCUUUUGAAGCGAAACAGCACCACAGCAUCAAUGACCCACCCCCACACUUCACAGUGGGUAUGAGGUGCUUUUCAGCAUGCGCAUCUUUCGUGGCACGCCAGACCCACUUAGAGUGUUUGUUGCCAGAAAGCUCAAUCUUGGUCUCACACAAAAAUACACACGGUCCCAGGCUUCAAAUGGGACGGUGUGCUUUGGUCAGACGACUUGUAUUGAAAGUUGGAUUUUUCUCUUUUUUUCUAUUAGGGUCCCAUAUUAUUUGAAAAGAAAAAAAAUAUUAGAAGCUAAAAAACACAUCUUUUUCAGGGGUGCCAAUAAUUAUGGAGGGCACUCUACAUAGUGAGGUCGCCAUCAUUUAGCGCUGUUCCAAUGUGUAGUGAGCAAGUACUGUCCCUACAGUGCGCCUUGAAUAAUACAAACAAAUGCUGGAUUUCAAACACAAAAUCUAAGGUUUCAGCUGCUUGCUGAUAAUGCUGGAAAAGUACAGGCGUCCAACUUGUUUCUGACACUCCUCGUGCUCUUUGAAAACAAUUUAUUGGCUAGUUUAAAUGUUGUAUUCACAAUUAAUAGCACAGAAAUCUUAUACUAUUUAAUGACUUUGAUGUUAUUUAAUAGUUAACAUAAUUGGCUGCCACUGACGAUUGCCCCCUCCCAGUCAAAAUGGAUUAACCAUCUAUUGCUGUCAAUGCCAGGCAUUUUAAAUGUUUUAGUUUAUUCAAUAUUUAUUACAGAAGUACAUUCAGUACAGUGUAACUUGUGACAUAAUGAAAAGCACUUCCUAGUAAUGUUGAAAACAAUUUUUAUUCGACUGAUAAAACAAAAGUAACGAAUGUAACUACGGGUCGACAAAUCCCUGCUGACCACCAGAGGGAAGUGCUGAAAGUAGAAGUGCACGAUAUAUUUGAGCUUACCGUCAGCCUUAUUGCAUGAAUGCCCAAGUCUUUUGUAACUCGCGGCUAUCAACAACAACAAAAAAUACUAAUGAGUUCGUUCACGGUAAUUAUGCCAUCAAGCUAACCAUGUAAAAAUUCCCUGCCAGCUUCUGCCAGUUCAAAUAGAUUCAAAGUCUAUCACCGUCAAUGGCAGCCAAUGGAGAGAAUAAUAAAAUAGCACUCCAUAAUACAAUGGUACCUUGACAUACAAUCGUUUCGACACACGAUCUUUUUGAUGUCUGAAGUAAAAUUUGACUCGCCAUGUGUUUCUACAUCCGACAACAUGCUCGAAAUACGACGAUUUCUGACCGCACCGCAGUUUCUUUGUUUUGCCGCAAGGCGGACGCACGGCGGAUUUUCUUGUUAGAGAAAUCAACAUGGGUUGCAAGAAUGUCGUGCAGGUGGUGAAAAAAGGAAGAAGGUGAGGCUUACCAUUGAAAUGAAGAUAGAAAUGAUAAAAAAAAAUAUGAGCUUGGUGCAUGCAUCCGUGAACUGGUGACAAAUAUUAUUGUCGCAUCGCCCAAAAAUUGCCAGCUUCGUCAGGUUUUUCCAAUCAUUUCUUUCAGAACGUGUGCAACACAACAUGCCUACUGUCCGCUGUAGCUGAACAAAGUGAAAGUAAAUAGUCCCUCUCACUGUGUCAAGUCAGCCAUGUUCAGGUACACUAUGCAAAACACAUCCGCCACAUUAGGACCCGAUUCGUUACAUUAUUGCAGGUAUUAUUAAUAUUUUUACUAUUAUUAUGUGAUUAUUCCCAUUUUUACUCACAAUUUAUUUGUUUUGCUCUGUGUAAUUGCUAUCUGCGAUAGUACCAGCAGCAUUAAUUAAGGAUUUUGUGUAGGUUUCCGGGCUGUGGAACGAAUUAAUGGAAAUAUAAUGUAUUCUUAUGGGAAAAUCCUGCUCAACAUACGACCAAUUCUUCUUACAAUCAAGUUCUUGGAAGGAAUUAACUUCGUAUGUAGAGGUACCACAGCACUAUAGUUUAGAAACGAUUACAAUAAGGAAAGACGCUUAAAAUUUUCUUUUUAUUGUGUGUGUGUGUGGGGGGGAUUCACUCAUAACUCAAAUGUUUGCUCUCAAAUCAGAACAAAAGUCCGAGUAACGACUUGUAUUUGAAAAACACCCAAAUCAGGUCACUCCAGUCUCAAAGCAACGCUGCACUCUGAUUUGGUAGUCAGGAAAUGAGCGGGGUAUUCCGAACACAGCCAUUAAAUUAUCGGCCGUUUGACAGUCAUAAUUCAACCCUGUAUUUAAAAAGAAAGACUACAAAUAAAACCCCUCUUGAUUCCUUCAGCAAACACAUGUAACCAAAAGUUUGUUAGUUUAGUUUGGACUGAAAGCUAGCAUUUAUUUGACAUUUGAGUUGCUUUCAAAUACAAUGGGGAGAACAAGUAUUUGAUACAAUGCCGAUUUUGCUGGUUUUCCCACUUGCAAAGCAUGUAGAGGUCUGUAAUUUGUAUCAUAAGUUCUCUUCAACUGUGAGGGACGAUAUCUAAUACAAAAAUCCAGAAAAUCACGUUGUAUGAUUUUUAAAUAAUAAAUUUGCAAUUAAUUGCAUGAAAUAAGUAUUUAAUACAUCACAAAAAUCGAACUUACUAUUUGGUACAGAAACCUUUGUUUGCUAUUACAGAUACCAAACGUUUCCUGUAGUCCUUGACAAGGUUUGCACACACUGCAGCAGGGAUUUUGGCCCAAUCCUCCAUGCAGAUCUUCUCCAGAGCCUUCAGGUUUCGGGGCUACUGCCGGGCAACACAGACUUUCAGCUCCCUCCAUAGAUUUUCUAUUGGGUUCAGAUCUGGUGACUGGCUAGGCCACUCCAGGACCUUAAGAUGCUUCUUACGGAGCCACUCUUUAGUUGCCUCGGCUGUGUGCUUUGGGUCGUUGUCAUGCUGGAAGACCCAGCCACGACCCAUCUUCAGGGCUCUCACUGAAGGAAGGAGGUUGUCAACCAAGAUCUGGCGAUACAUAGCCCCAUCCAGCCUCCCCUCAAUACGGUGCAGUCGUCCUGUACCCUUGGCAGAGAAGCAGCCCCAAAAAAUGUUUCCUCCUCCAUGUUUCACAGUAGGGAUGGUGUUCUUGGGGUUGUACUCAUCCCUCUUUUUCCUCCAAACACGACGAGCCGAGUUUAGACCAAAAAGUUCCAUUUUGGUGUCAUCCGACCACAUGACCUUCUCCCAUUCCUCCUCUGGAUCAUCCAGAUGGUCAGUGGCAAACUUCAGACGUGUCUGGACAUGCACUGGCUUCAGCAGAGGGACCUUGCGUGCGCUGUAGGAUUUUAAUCCAUGACGGCGUAAUGUGUUUCCGAUGGUUUUCUUCGAGACUGUGGUUCCAGCUCUCUUCAGGUCAUUGACCAGGUCCUGCCGUGUAGUUCUGGGCUGAUCCCUCACCUUCCUCAUGAUCAGUGAUGCCCCACGAGGUGAGAUCUUGCAUGGAGCCCCAGAACGAGGCAGAAUGACCGUCAACUUGAACUUCUUCAAUUUUCUAAUAAUCGCUCCAACAGUUACCUUCUCACCAAACUGCUUGCUUAUUUUCCUGUAGCCCAUCCCAGCCUUGUGCAGAUCUAUUAUUUUAUACCUGAUGUCCUUACACAGCUCUUUGGUCUUGGCCAUUGUGGAAAGGUUGGAGUUUGUUUGAGCAUGUGAACAGGUGUCUUUUAUACAGGUAACAAGUUCAAACAGGUGCAGUUACUUCCGGUAAUGAGUGGAGAACAGGAGGGGUUCUUAAAAAAGAACUAAGAGCCGAAAUAUUUACUAGUUGGUAAUGUAUCAAAUACUUAUUUCAUGCAGUUAAAUACAAAUUUAUUAUUUAAAAAUUAUACAAUGUGAUUUUGUAGAUUCCGUCCCUCACAGUUGAAGAGAAUUUAUGAUACAAAUUACAGACCUCUACAUGGCUUGCAAGUGGGAAAACCAGCAAAAUCGGCAGUGUAUCAAAUACUUGUUCUCCCUACUGUAGUAGUACCAUAAAAAUACAUCAAAUCCCUGCAAAUUCCCUGCAUAUUUGCAGUGUCUUAACUAAAGGAGAUGCCUUUAGCCAUAUGAGAGUAUUCUAUGUAUGCAGAUUGUCAUGUGUAGUUUUGACACCUAACGUGUUGUCUUCACAUAAUGGGGGGAAAAAAAGAAUGACGACGACCACUUUUUCUCUUGGACUGAUUUCAUUACGUCUUUGUUCUUUAAAAAAAAAAAAAAAAGAAAGAAAAACAGCAGGUAUUCAUUUAAGGCAAGUCAUUUUUUCAGCUUUCACUUAUUGUUUGCAAAAUCCUGAUACAAUAAUCCAGAAUUGCUAAAUGUUAUAUUAACAAACAGGCCACCAUUGGCAAAAAUAGACGUCCAAUCCAUUUAAACAUAGGGAUUGGGCGUUCCUCUCCGCCAAUGGUUUCAUUUGUAGGACAACAAUGAACAAAAAGACUUCACUUUGGUUAUGCUUUAUUUAUGCUUUUGUGUGCAUGUUUUUUUUAAGUCUUUGGUCCUUGCUUUAUAUUCCAUUUCGUUGAUUGUAUAGUAUUUGCGAAAAAGGGACUUCUAUUUGAUUCACAGUACAAGUUUACAUUCAGAAUCUAUCAUUGAGCAAUUUGUUUUUUGUUGUGCUCUCGGUCAGUAUGUGGCCUUGUUGCUCGUGACAGUAUUGGCGCAUGUAUUCAUCAUUAGAAGGUGAUUAUACGUGUCUCCCUGCUCCAUCCCUGCUCCAUUUCUUUUAUUUCAUAUGUUCCUCUUUCUUUGCCAAGUUGCUGUAUUCCCACAUGCAUUUCCCUUGUGUAAUAUAGAAAAGUCAGAAGGACAGAGGUAAAACAAAAAAAAUCGUUUGGCUUAUUUUUCACUGUAGUUAGUCUUUUCUACAAUAAUACUGUAAGAAUAUUUCUUGAAUUCUAAAUAUUACUCUUUCUAGAUUUUUGAAAGCAAAAGUUUUGAGUAAAAAGUUUCUUACUUUAUUUUACUAUACUAGGUAGUAAAAUGUUCACGGCUACGUACCCAUAACCUGUUUUGUUAUGACUGGAAAUAUCGGAACGUCCAUUCGCAGGUCUCUCGUGGUUGACUGAGGAACAUAUGUGUCAAAACGUCCAACGUAUUGUCAAUGCACAUCUCCAAAACGCGGCAAUGAGAAUUACAAUUUUCUGUCUUUUUUCAACAGAAAAACAUGAUGUAUAUAACAUUUAUGUUGCAAUAAAUGUGCCAUUUUUUUAUA